UGUUUCAUCGACUUGCAGCCACAAACAAUGUUUGUCAAGAAUGGAGCAUUUCCCAGCUCGACCCUGGCUGUAUUUGCUCAUGGUGUUUGUGGAUCUAUGGGCUCAAUUUCCGUUGUCCCAUGGAACAAGCAAUCCCAUCGGAGCUUCACUCUUUACCAAGUGUAGAGCUAUGCUCGCAUUUCGAGAUCCGAUCCUUGUUCAAAAGAUUUGUGGGACCCUAGAAGGUGGAUCAACAGAGACCGCGCCCACCGCAAUUGCCACAACAACGGCAUCGAAGACGACAUAUGGAGGAACCAAGAAAAAGAUGACCAAAGAUACUUGCGGUCAACCCUGUCGACACGAUGAUUUGAUUGCUCCGAUUUGUUUGGACAACGGAACUAUUUACAAAACAACUUGCCAAGUAAGGUCUUGGAAAUGUAACCCCACUCACACUGAAAGACAACUUCCCAACAUGACUUGCCAAGCUCUAUCAAAGCUUGAAAGUGGUAUCGGUAUCAACUUUCCAACCAUAAAUGACACAUUCAUGUUCCAACUGAAGCGAUGUCUCGUGUGGAGCUUGGACGAGGUUAGAGACGAUCGUGAAUCUCGUCCCAAAGAGCUUAUGCCAUUCAAAGAUCUCCACAAGAUAGCCAAUAAGCACGAGUCCAGCCAAAACAAACACUGGCACUCCAUGGAACAGUAUUUCGCCCGACUGGACGCCCUGAAACGGAAAUAUGGGAAUGACCGUCCCACCACCUCCAGUUACGAUCCAAGUGAUCCAUCUCGGGACAAACACAUUUGGGACGAAGAUUUUCGAUUGGGACAGGUCCAGAAUGAACGCCAGAGGUGGAAGAGAUCGAUUGUGUCGGGACCUAAUUCCAGGGAUUUGAAGCAAAUGAAAACAGACGCGCAGAUUGGCCCUUCUGCCUCUUCAAAGCCCGAAGGCCGUGCCAUUGGACCAUGUUGGGUGUUUCCAUUUACUCCCGAUGGGAUCCAAACUUUUUUGGUCGAGGAAUGUGUCGUGAAUUCCAGAGAUGUGGAACGAUGCCGGAAAUUGAUCGAGAUCAAUUCGUAUGUGAUGGCCAAACGACUUCAAAGUGACAUUCAGACCUUUAAGGCCCAAUCCAAUCCAAGCCCGAAACCACGCCCCACCACCGUAACACAAGAGUUGUUCCAAGAUCUUAAGAGGCCCAUGGAUCAUCCCAGCUUCAUCACUUCCCUUGAAGACGAAGGUAAUGACUCGCUUGUGUACCCAACCAUCAAGCCAGCCCGAAAUCCGACUUUCAAAACUACCCAAACACCAACAUCACUAAUGACAAGCCCGACAAGCUCUGUUUCCGCUAUCCCCGAGGAAGUCAGAUCCGUGAACAACUACAAGUGUCAACCAUUUUGGAAAUUGAACGGACAAAUUCACACGUAUUGCUCAAUCCCCAUGGAGAUGGGGUUUUGUUUAUGUGCAACCGAAGUGGACCGGCAAGCGGAGAUAUCAAAUUGGGACAAAUGCGAGCCCAUAUCAUGUGCAAAUACAACGUGAAUUUCUAAUAACAUUCGA